GAGAGCAGAUGCCGCUCUCUCGCUCGCCGACUUGUUGUGUGGAUCAAAUCGGCUGAAUCUGCACUUUGGACUUUCUCUUGGAUCCCCGAUUUCCAGCCGUAUCACCGUUAACAGUGGGAAUCGAGAUCUCACGGCAAACGGUCUAUAAACUUUGGACAGGAUGAUCAACACGGGCAAGCUGGCAGGACGGACGCUGUUCAUCACGGGCGCCUCGCGGGGAAUCGGCAAGGAGAUCGCCCUGAAGGCGGCCCGCGAUGGAGCCAACAUUGUGGUGGCGGCCAAGACGGCGGAGCCGCAUCCCAAGCUGCCCGGAACUAUCUACUCGGCGGCCGAGGAGAUCGAGAGGGCGGGCGGCAAGGCCUAUCCCUGUGUGGUGGACGUGCGCGAUGAGCAGCAGGUGCGCGGCGCCGUGGAGGCGGCGGUGGCCAAGUUCGGUGGCAUCGAUAUUGUGGUCAACAAUGCCAGCGCCAUCUCCCUGACCAACACGCCGGGCACCGACAUGAAGCGCUACGAUCUGAUGCACAACAUCAACACACGCGGCACCUUUUUGGUGUCCAAGGAGUGUUUGCCCUAUUUAAAGAAGAGCAACCACGCCCACAUCCUCAACAUCUCGCCGCCGCUGAGCAUGAAGGCCAAGUGGUUCGGCCCCCAUGUGGCCUACACCAUGGCCAAGUACGGCAUGUCCAUGUGUGUGCUCGGCAUGGCCGAGGAGUUCCGCGAUCAGGGCAUCUCCGUGAAUGCCUUGUGGCCACGCACUGCCAUCCACACGGCUGCCAUCGAGAUGCUCACUGGUCCGGAUUCGGCGCAGUGGUCACGCAAGCCGGAGAUCAUGGCCGAUGCCGCCUAUGCCAUCUUGAGUAGGGAACCCAGGCAGUCCACCGGCCAGUUCUUCGUGGACGACGAGGUGCUGGAGACGGCGGGCAUUACGGAUUUGACGGACUACGCCUGCAUUCGCGAGAACGCCGACAAGCUGAUGGUGGACUUCUUCGUGGAGGAGAAGGGCGCUCCGGUGGAGGAUGCUGCUCCUACCGGAGGAGCUUCGGCUGGCACUCCAGCUGCUGGAGCAAAGAUACCCCAGCUGUUCCAGAAAAUCGAAUCUCUACUCUCGCCCGAGAUCGUCGCGAAGACGCAGGCCGUCUUCCAGUUCAACAUCAGCGGCGCCGAGCAGGGCACCUGGUUCCUGGACCUCAAGAACGGCUCCGGCUCCUGCGGCUCCGGAACUCCGCCCGCCACUCCCGACGCCACGCUGACCAUGAACUCGAACAACUUCUUCGACAUGUUCUCCGGCAAACUGAAGGCGGCCCCCGCCUACAUGACCGGCAAGCUGAAGAUCAGCGGCGACUUCCAGAAGGCCCUCAAGCUGGAGAAGCUGAUGAAGGCCCUCAAGUCCAAGCUGUAGGUGCAAUCUAAUUGCGGAACUUUCUGUUGUUUACACACUUUUGAUUUUAUGUAUUUCCCUAAUAAAGUAUGAGAUUCUUUUAAAUU